AUGAAUCGGACAUCACCAACAACAAUAGCUUCAAUCACAAUUUGUGUUUGCUUUCAGACUCCACCGUUACAACAUCGCACCACAACACCAGCCCUGAGCCACCACCACACUGCCUUCGCAACAGCCCAGAACCACCACUAUACCACCAUUGUUGCCUAUUUCAUCUGCGUAGUAGGCCUAUUUCAAAGACUUGAGAACACCUUGAACUAUGGACUUGAAAGGGUUUGGGCUAUUGGAUACAUGGAAGGUUCACGUCGGAUUGUUAUUAGCUAUGAUGAAGGAACCAUAAUGGUGAAAAUUGGAUGUGAAGAGCCUGUAGCCAGCAUGGACAAUAGUGGAAAAAUUAUAUGGGCUAAACAUAAUGAAAUUCAAACUAUUAACAUCAAGAGUGUGGGAACUGAUCAUGAGGUUUCUGAUGGAGAGAGGCUGCCUUUAGCAGUUAAAGAACUGGGAACAUGUGAUCUUUAUCCACAAAGCUUGAAGCACAACCCAAAUAGGAGAAAGUAUCACCCGAAAAACGAUGGGCCAAAGGUUUUGUUUUUUAGUGAUGAUGAAGAGACUACCAGCACACCAAAAGCAGAUGCUCUUUUUAUUCCAAGGGAGAAUCCAAGAGCUCUGGUUAUUCGCCCUCUUAAACAAUGGCCUGGCAAAUCAUCUGCUGAAAAAUUAAAAAACGCAUCUUCUCCAGCACAAACAAACGGUGAUUACACUGGGUUUGCUUCUUCCCCUCCUUUAAAUGGUCGCUCUACGGAAAACGGUAACAGAAACCAUUCUGAAAACGGAACCCUAAAGGAACAAACACCAAUCAAAACCCCCCAAAAACAAAACGGAGGAUGUGAUGGUGGCGAGAUGGAAGAUGGCUUUGAGUUUAUCGUUAAAAACAAAGGCAUCAACACUGAGGUGGCUUACCCAUAUUAG